CGAUUUGAUAUAUCCCUGUGAACUCGAAAUUAAGAACAUCACAGAGUCUUCCACAUCUGCAUUCUACUUAGAUAUUGUAUUGAACAUUGGUGUUAACGGCAAACUAACAACUAAACUUUAUGACAAACGGUCUCGUUUAUAGUCAGUAUUUCGCAAAAUAUAUGGUCGUUAUACCUUUCGUUAGACCAUCCUUGACACUCCGAUUUUUACUACGUGUUACUUUGCUUACCUGAUCAAAAUAUAGGACUCAAGGCGGGUAUGACCGGUCGACAGGUGAUGUGUACUCCCCUACACACCUGAUCCUACCUCUGGUAUGUCCAGGAUCCCCGUGUUGACGUCUCCAUAUGAGUGAAAAAUUCUUUAGAGUGACGUUGAAUACUAUACAAUCAAUCAAUCCAGGGUCGUUGUUUGUCCUACUCUUCACUUUGUAUUUUUAUAGGAAUUAUGUUUCAUAUCAUUAUUAGUUAUAUUAUCACCUUUCCUUAUCUCCACCUUUUAAUCACAAGAUAUGAAUAUUUCAAAGUUCCAAUUUCAUUACAUGAUGUCAAAAAUGAUAUCUGAAAUGAGAUAUUCAAAUAGCAUAAAUUUUCAAUUUCAUAUUUCGACGUCACCAAAGGACAUACAAUAGCUCAUAUCGUAUCCAGUUCCUUUAUGCAGUAAUAGCCAAUCAUAAAGCGGGGAUAUAUUGAUAAAGCUACUUUGGUUUGAAGACAAUCAUUGUCACGCAGCCAACUAUAAAAGCCAUUAAGAUUUGAUUAAAAUGAUGUAGAACUACUUGUUCGAGUAUUAUACGGUUAUUAAUGGAAGUCAUCAGAAAAAAGCAUCGGGAUAUUUGAAUGAUGACCUGGAUCAAAAUUCUUAUAUAUAUUAUUUCUAUUGUUGGUGAUGCGUGUACGUUAGAAAGGUCGUCCAUCUUUCAUGGAGUCAACGUAAACAGUUCACACUUUGCUUCAAAGCAAUCCUUUCUGCUGUGGGAGAUGAAGAGCUCAUCAAACCAAGAGUGUGCAGUUAGAUGUCUAGAAGAAACAGCCUGUCUCUCCUUUAUGAGAGACGAGCUAUCCGGAGUGUGUAAAAUAUUCUCCGUAAAUUUUUACAUCACAUCUGGAAUGACAUCUGUCGGUUUGCAGAUAUACCAAAGACAAAUGUCCUGUGAGGAUUAUGGUUACGUCACUUUACAAUCCACACGGAAGUGUGUGAAGCUACACUAUACGGAAACGUCGUGGAUGGAAGCAAAUAAGACAUGUGCUUCUACUGGUGGAAAUAUCCUAAGGAUAACAACAGCAGAAAUGUUAAAUGAUGUUGUAUGGACAGUCUCUCAAACAGAUGCAGCAUUCGACUUCUUCUUUAUCGACGGAAAUGACAACGAAGUGGAAAACACCUGGGUUUUUUCAGACGGAACACAGCUUUCCUUUUUGCCGUUUGAAGGCAGUGAACCCAAAGGAAGAGAGACUGAAAACUGUUUGCUAUUCCUUGCUGAAAAGUACUAUGAUGCAUCAUGCUAUAACUAUAUUGCAAAAUUUAUUUGUGAAAAAAAAAUUGGAUGAUCAAUUUGAAUAUUUGAGAAUCAAUGAAAAUUUGUAAGUGACAAA